CAGGUGACGCCUACUGAUGAGAGCAGCUUGGGGCCAACAGGGAAAGCACUCCUGUCCCUAUCAAGUCCAGAUAGUGAGGCUGUUGGAGCAGGUGAACUGUCACAGUAGGCUGUGUGAGGGGCGACAUGAUGGCGUCCAGUGGCUACAGGCUCACCAGACUCUGCGCCUCCCUCGUCCUGGUGCUGGUGAUUGGCGCUAAAGAGUCCGUGGCUUUCAACUGGACAUCGACGUUACAAAAUGGCAGUUUGAUUAACGACUGCACAGGUAACACUGUCACCUUCAACUGGACCUAUACUACCAAAGACGAUGAACACAUCCUCAACAAAGAGUGGUACUUCAGACAGAACGGGACAGGCAACAAUAGCCUAAUUGCGACAAUGGUAGCUGGAAACUUUCUGACAGCGGAUGGUGACCCACGGUUGCAGGUCACACAAGACGAGACUGGCAUUCACCUGCACAACGUGACGUCAGCUGACAGCGGCGUGUACUCCAUGCACCUGAACGUAAUCGGACCCUCGGGACAGACGGUCAUGGGCUACCAGGAGGUCAAGCUGGACGUCGCAGAAGGACCGCAGACAUCCAGCGGGUACCUCAACGUUAGUCUGAUAACCGAGCCGGUACUCCUGAAGGAAAGUGGUCAGUACCAUGCACAGCUUGUCUGCGGCAACUUCACCACCAUGGGUAACCCUCCCGUCUCGCUUGAGUGGACAACCCCAGGAGGACACGUGUACCCGAGCACCUUCUCCACUGCAAACAACUUCACGUUUGCGAUUCCUAAUCCAGUGGAGAGCGGAAACUACACCUGUCGCCUCAACACCUCCCUGCCAUCCGAGGUGUGCGCCAAGGCCGGCACGCUGCUGAGUGAAAGUGCCUCGCUCCUCCUGGACGGCCAGGAGAUAAGGCUACAGCUCAUGGAGUACAGGAUGACAAAGCUGGAAGCAGAGCUGGCAAAUCUUCGAGGUUUAAAAUCAGACCUCGACCGCACGCACACACCGGAUGUAACAAGCGAGUCAACAAGCCAGACUGCAAAACUUGUGGGGUAGCAGUGGGCCACUAGUGGGGUAGCAGUGGGUCCCAGUUGGGUGUAUAGUGGGGCCCACUACUGCCCCACUAGUUUUGCAGGCUGGGAAGUGUGUAGGAAGACUGGCGACACCUGCUGAGGUGGUCACGUGGUGCGAGCAGUCUCCUGGCUGACAUCUGACCAGUUUCAGUAUUUGCCGGCGCCACGUUCACUGACAUUCUGUGCUCGGCGAUCAACGAAGCAUCAUGUCAAUAAAGACUACAACACUGAGCAAGAUUCGGGAAUUUU